AUGGGAAAUUUGUUAGGUAAAAAUAAAAAGCAUGAGUCUCAGCAAAACCAUUCUUCAAGGAAUGAUAAAGAAAAAGGUGGAAGAAUCUCUUCUUCUAAUUUUCAAACUCAAAAUCAAAAACCUAUCUCAUUACCACUUCCACCACCACAAGUUGCUUCUUCAAUGUCUAAAAUAUCAAGUUUUGGUAAACAGGAUUCUGGACAAAGCUCAAAAACCAUGAAACCUACCAAGAAAUAUGCUUUGAUUCCAGAUAAUUUCACUACUCUUGAACAGGUUAUUGCGGCCCUUAGGAAAGAAGGUUUAGAGUCAUCAAAUCUCAUCCUUGGAAUUGAUUUCACAAAGAGUAAUGAAUGGACUGGUAAAGUCUCAUUCAAUAAUAGAAGCCUACAUGCAAUUGGAGAAACACCUAACCCCUAUGAGAAGGCCAUAACAAUUAUUGGCAAGACUUUGGCUCCCUUUGAUGAUGAUAACUUGAUUCCAUGCUUUGGUUUUGGUGAUGCUACUACACAUGAUCAACAAGUAUUCAGCUUUCAUAGUGAUCAUUCCCCUUGCCAUGGCUUUGAGGAAGUUUUGGAUUGCUACAAAAAAGUUGUUCCAAACUUGAAACUCUCAGGACCAACUUCUUAUGCUCCUGUGGUUGAGGCUGCAAUAGACAUAGUUGAGAAAAGUCAUGGCCAAUUUCAUGUCUUGGUUAUCAUUGCAGAUGGCCAAGUUACAAGAAGUGUAGAUACUGAUGAUUAUGAAUUAAGUCCUCAAGAAGAGAAGACAAUCAAAGCAAUUGCUAAUGCAAGUGCAUAUCCGCUUGCUAUAGUUCUGGUUGGAGUUGGCGAUGGACCUUGGGAAGACAUGCAAAAGUUCGACGACAAGAUUCCAGCUCGCGAUUUUGAUAACUUUCAGUUCGUUAAUUUCACGAAGAUUAUGUCUAAAAACACAAGCCCUGCCGAGAAAGAAGCAACUUUUGCUCUAGCAGCUCUCAUGGAGAUCCCUUUCCAAUACAAAGCAUGCAUCGAAUUUCGAAAACUUGGACGCGUCACAGGAAGAGCAAAGAGAAUAGUUCCAAAAGCUCCUCCUGUUAUUUAUUCUCGUCCUGCACCGACCAUUUCGACAGCACCACCCAUCUCGACAGCACCACCACCACCCAUCUUGACAGCACCACCACCACCAACAACAACAGAUGAACAAAAUCAAUUUGCUUGUCCUGUUUGUCUGACUGAAGGAAGAGAUUUGGCGUUUGGAUGCGGGCACAUGACUUGCAGAGAUUGUGCAUCAAAGUUAAGUCAUUGUCCAAUAUGUAGAGUCAGGAUCACUAGUCGUCUUAGAGUAUACAGUGGCUGA